AAGCAAAUAACAAUUCACCAAAAUGUCGGGCAAAUUCAAAAUAUCUGAAUAUUUUUCAAAAUACGUUCGCUACAUGAGGGGUCCGUUCAAGCAUCGGAAGAUGCCGUUAAAGUUGAUUAAAGGAAUCAAAAAGAAAGUACCUAUUAAACGUUACUUAAACAAUUUAUUGGGUAACGCAAAGAAAGUGAUGCUUUUAUGCCAGGAUGGUCUAAUUCGGCAGAAGAGCAGCAUUAGCUUUCGCGAAGAGUCCGCCACACCGGAACCGCCGAGUCGCGACGAGCUCGAACCGAACAUGACGGAUCCGCAGCAGGACCCAAUUCCAUCGAACACGUCGAACACAUCGAACACAUCGAACAUGUGGCCUGAACUCUGGGUAUAUGACGAUAAGAUGAGUCAUUGUAAGCGAUGCGGCAAAAUCUCUAACAAACGCAGUUAUCGGGGCCUACGCGUGUGCGAGUGCUGGUGCACCAGCUUGUUCGAUUCCAAGCCGCCCUCUCAGAAAACCGAAUAUAUCGAUCUCUUUCAUCCCUGCGCCGAGGAAAACUUCUAUCGUCUGUUCCUGGGGGAGAGCACGCUCCCGAUACUCGAGAACCACAUGGUAUCACAUACAAAAUUGACACCCAAUAGGCGCAGCGUUCUCGUCAACUGGGUCCAUGCUGUACACUCCAAACUGCUCUUGUGUGACGGGGUCUUUGAGAUGGCCAUCGGCAUUAUCGAUCGCUAUCUGCAAUGGGUCAAGGAAAUUCUGCCCUCGGAUCUCAAUCUGAUGGGCCUCAGUGCCCUGAUCUUGGCCAGCAAGUAUGAGAAUCCACGGACAUACAAUCAAUGGUUUUUGAAGCACACGGACGAAGGCUUCACGGACGAAAUGAUUAGUGACAUGGAGUUGAAGAUUUUGCUGGCAUUCAAGGGUGAUAUAUCGCGUCCGGUGCCGAGCCAAUUUUUGCAGCGCUUGUGUAAUGCCACGGAGGACUUUGGUAUGAAAUGCCAACAACUGGCGCAUUACUAUGUGCAACUGGCGUUGAUGGACACCGAAUUGGCCAGCGUCAAGCCAUCGCAGAUAGCCGCUGCUGCGCUCUUCAUCGCGCUCAACCUGUCCGACGGCACCCCCGACGGUGGCCUCGACGAAAGUCUCUGGACACGCCAGCUCGCCGAUUGCUCCCGUUACACGUCUCUCCAACUGAGAGCCACCGUCCUGCGCAUGGCUCAGCUGCCGCUCAAGGCCGAACAGGAGGAGCUGUUGUCCAUCCGCAAGAAAUUCAAGUAUAUUUCUGUUUCGUGGGUCAAGGAAAUUCUGCCCUCGGAUCUCAAUCUGAUGGGCCUCAGUGCCCUGAUCUUGGCCAGCAAGUAUGAGAAUCCACGGACAUACAAUCAAUGGUUUUUGAAGCACACGGACGAAGGCUUCACGGACGAAAUGAUUAGUGACAUGGAGUUGAAGAUUUUGCUGGCAUUCAAGGGUGAUAUAUCGCGUCCGGUGCCGAGCCAAUUUUUGCAGCGCUUGUGUAAUGCCACGGAGGACUUUGGUAUGAAAUGCCAACAACUGGCGCAUUACUAUGUGCAACUGGCGUUGAUGGACACCGAAUUGGCCAGCGUCAAGCCAUCGCAGAUAGCCGCUGCUGCGCUCUUCAUCGCGCUCAACCUGUCCGACGGCACCCCCGACGGUGGCCUCGACGAAAGUCUCUGGACACGCCAGCUCGCCGAUUGCUCCCGUUACACGUCUCUCCAACUGAGAGCCACCGUCCUGCGCAUGGCUCAGCUGCCGCUCAAGGCCGAACAGGAGGAGCUGUUGUCCAUCCGCAAGAAAUUCAAGUAUAUUUCUGUUUCGGUCGGACCCCGUCUGGAAUCGAUCCUGAACAUUCGUGAUUAA